AUGGCAACACAAAAGCCAGGAGAAUGGGUGAAUUCUCUUAUAGCAAGAUUUGAUGCACAGCUGCCGAUCAAAACUGGCCUUCAUACAACCCAGUCGAUGCAGAAUGUUAAACAGAACAAAGAAAGCCUAGUGAAUGUCAGCAAAUACAAAUUUUCUUUGGUUAUCAAUGGAUUGACAAAGACUCUUCAGAGUCUUUUACAGUUUAAAGUGAAUCGCCCAGAAGCAGAGCGAAAUUACCUUGAAUCCCAGCUCAUCAUUUUGGAUACCUUGAAGCAAGUUCUCAAUUCUCAACCCAAAGAUACAACUCGCUUAGAUGAAGCCAUGUAUGUUAAAUUGUUGCUGCCUGAAAUUUGCAAGUUCUUAAACCAGCAAACAGACAACCCACAGUUGAAAAUUUUGGCAUCUGAAGUGCUGUUUGCCCUGAGUCUCAACAACUUUACAGCUGUGUUCAACAAAAUCUCAGCAAGGUUGGUGGCAUUGUCCCAAGUUGAGGAAACAUCAGAUUUAUCAGAUUUGGAACUUAUUCAGCACAUGAACAUGGACUUAUCUCGCCUGACAAAACUACUCAAUGUUGUGUCCAAAUUCAAGAUGCUGAAAUCUCGACCUGUGAUCAUUACGCUGGGACAGAAUUUAGAAAAGGCUAUAUGGAAUUGGAUGGACAAUUAUCCACAUGAAUUUACAGAUUUGCAUAAACGCCCGAAUGAUGAGCUUCAGGAUUGCUGUGAUAAACUCUUUGAUCACCUGAAUGUGCUGACAGAAGGAUCUAGAAGAAGAGUUCAGAUCUGGCCUUUACAAAUGAUGCUUUUAAUCCUGUGUCCAAAAAUUUUGGAAGAAAUUAACAAUGCUGAGACAGGUGCACCAUGUUCACAACAGUUUUUGAAAAAGAAAUCCUUCAUCGAUGAGGUGAAAAAGUCCAUAUCAAAUCAUCAUAGCAGCAACAAACAGUAUACUGAAGGAGCUGCUGUCACUUGUGUACGGCUGUGUAAAGCUUCAUCGUAUAUCCCCAUCAAUGAUCGGCUCAAUGUUGUCUUUACCUUGGUGCAGUCGGUCAUCAAUGACUUGAAGACACUUUUGUUCAAUCCACCUGCCAACAGUAAACCAUUUUCCAAAGGCACUGGCUUUGGGUCUCAGGACUAUGACCUGUAUAUUGAUUGUUUUGUCAGUUGCUUCAGGAUUACACCCCACAACAAUGAUGUUCUGAAAGUGUGUCUCAAUCCGUCAUCUCCACCAAUGUAUCAUUAUAUCCUGGUUAGUGCCCUGCACAGAAUUAUCACUCAGCCACGCCUGCCAUGGUGGCCUCACAUCAGUUUAGUCUACAGCAAAGCUGGAGAGCUGAGAAACAUGUUCAAUGACAUAGUAAACAAAGUGACUCAAGGCUUCAGCAGUCAUAGCUGCCCCAAGCAAACAGGUCCAAAGCUGACAGCUCCUUUCAAACUGAAUAAAGCCACAGAUGAAGUCUUGACCUCCUACAAGUACAUUUUGCUGUGGCUGGUCAAACUGAUUCAUGCUGAUCCUCAUCUCAUGCUGCAUAAUCAAGGCAAGCAAGGCCAUGAGAUUCAGCAUAGUACUCUGGAUCUCAUUACAAGUUUAGUUUCUUUGGUCCACCAACAAUGGAUGCCGGAUGUUGCUCAGAAGGCUAUGGAGGCACUUCUGUGUUUGCAUCAGCCAGAAAAUAUAGAACUGUGGAACCCAGAGGCUCCCAUUAACACUUUCUGGGACAUCAGUUCCCAGGUUUUAUUUUACAUAUCUCAGCGUCUGAUUCAACAUCAAAUAGUCAAUUAUACAGAAAUCUUGAAAUGGCUGCGGGAGAUACUUGUCUACAGGAACCGAUUUCUUCAGAAACACAGUGCAAACGCUAACAUGGGCAGCAACAUUCCAGUGUGUAGACAAGCUCACAUUAAAUUAGAGGUUGUGUUCUUCAUGUAUCUGUGGAGCAUUGAGAUAGAUGCUGUGCUCACCUCCAUGUCAUGUUUCCGUCUCUUGUGUGAGGAAGCUGAUAUACGUUGUGGUGCUGAUGAGAUGACUGUUACACAGCUGCUUCCAAACUAUUCCGUGUAUGCAGAAUUGGCUGCUGCCAGUACUGUAUUGACCACAGGAAGAGCUGCUUUGCAGAAAAGAAUUAUGGCUCUGCUGAGAAAAAUUGACCAGUCAACUCCAGGAAAUUCACAGGCUUGGGAUGACACAUUCCGCAACUGGGAUGCAGUUACACGUUAUUUAGAGAGCUAUCCAAAGAUAAAACUUGAAGAAGGGAGAGAACUGACCGAUGUGAUGAGGAUAACAAAACGCAAAACACCACAUUCUAACACUGAACAUGAACUGGAGGAUCAGCUGAAUGAAUGGGCAAACAUGACAGGAUUUUUAUGUGCUCUUGGUGGGGUGCGACUGUCAAACAAGUCACAGAGAGUUGGGAGCUAUAUGUCCUUGCCAGGCUUGACCAUGGAGGGAAGUCGUAAGAGCAGUCUUAUGACCAGCUGUGCCAGUGACAUGCAGUAUUGUCCGGUAACACAGUUCCUGGGCAACCUUUUGAAGCUGUUAGUGUUCCAGAACGAAAGAUUUGGUGCCCAGAUACAGAAACAUGUGAAAGAAUUGGUUGGUCAUGAGCUCAAUCCAGCACUGUAUCCGAUUCUGUUUGAUCAGAUUAAAAUUUGUGUUGACAAAUACUUUGAUCCUGCCGGGCAGGUUGUGGACUCACCACAAAGCACGUUGUUGAUAGAAAAUGUCAUCUUCAUCAUGAAAAAUAUUUUGGAAAUGAAACAAGACCAACCAUGUGAAUAUCUGGGUGUAACAAGUAUUGAGCAACUCAUGUUGUCCAUAGUCAAGUAUGUACGUUACCUGGAUUCAUCAGUCCAUGCCAUUCAGAUCAAGACAAAACUGUGUCAGCUGGUGGAAGCGAUGAUGCAGAGACGAGAUGAGUUGACAUUUCGACAGGAAAUGAAGUUUCGCAACAAAUUAGUGGAAUAUUUGACUGACUGGAUCAUGGGAAAUUCUCAUCAAGUGAAUGUGCAGGGGGACAUCUGUAGCAUGUCCCGCGAUCUGGAUCAAGCCAGCAUGGAAGCUGUAGCAGCUCUUUUGGCAGGUUUACCACUCCAGCCAGAAGAGAGUGACCGCGGAGAUCUCAUGGAGGCAAAGUCACAGCUUUUUCUCAAGUAUCUAACCUUGUUCAUGAACCUUCUGAAUGACUGUUCUGAUGAAGAGCAAGAUAAAGCAAUGGAUCCCAAUCGUAAACGCAGCAUGAGUAAUUUGAGUGCUCUCAGAAACUGCACUGUUCAAGCCAUGUCUAACCUCCUAAAUGCAAACAUCGACAGUGGCUUGAUGCAUUCUAUUGCACUUGGCUACCAUAAGGACCCUCAGACCAGAGCUGCAUUCAUGGAGGUGCUGACCAAAAUCCUGCAACAAGGCACAGAGUUUGAGACACUUGCUGAGACUGCACUGGCAGAUCGAUUUGAACGACUGGUUGAGCUAGUCACUAUGAUUGGUGACAAAGGAGAGCUGCCAAUUGCCAUGGCCCUGGCGACUGUUGUAUCUGUUUCACAAAUGGAUGAGCUGGCGAGAGUAUUUGUCAACUUGUUUGAUGCCAAAAGACUUCUCUAUCAGCUGUUGUGGAAUAUGUUCUCCAAGGAAGUAGAGAUAGCAGAUUGUAUGCAGACACUCUUCAGGGGUAAUUCCUUGGCCAGCAAGAUCAUGGCUUACUGCUUCCGCUUCUACGGUCAGUGGUACCUGAGAGAGCUUCUAAACCCUUUGCUGUUGGGCAUGUUUGAAGUGGAGAGAAGCGAUCAUCCCCUCUCUUAUGAAGUUGAUCCUGCCAG